GCCUGCGGCCACGCCCCUCCUAGACACCGAGCCCCGCGGAGCCCAGGGCCCAGCUGGGCCUCGGAAGAUCCGGAUGGAGGUGGCAGCGCCCGCAGAAACCUGACAGAAACCUCAACCAUCUGGAACUUAGAAACUCAUUUGGGGCUGACUGCGGCUUCUAGAACAUUCAGGUGUUCAGAUGGGAGAAUGUAUCCGACAGGCACCAGAUGGAGUCUCACACAGAUACAGGGCUUGGGCUGUGACUCUUAACAUCCUCGAGCGGUGAUUUGCUGCCUGGUCAAAGAGCAGUUGCUGACUGUGGCGUCUAAUAGUUGCACGUGUUUGUGGUCAUCGUGUGAAGCUGCAGUGGUGAAGCAGCUCCUAUGGAGAGGAACUUCCAGUGAUUUACAAGUCUCCUGACUCUCUGGGAUUAGGGUUUCAGAUGGAGUCCUCAUUUCUGUAGCCCCAACCAUCUCUGUAACACCUUCAUCAUUAACACUGCCAUUACUAGUCACACACACUGCACCUGCUCCCCGGGGACUUCCUGCAGACAGAGCACUGAGGGGGAAUCCCUAGCAGUGGUUCACCUUUGCAGCCGACAGAGGGAAGCUGCUUACCAGCAUGGGCUGGCUUUCUCUGAAAGUUUUGUUGGUGGGAGUGAGUUUCUCUGGAUUUUUUUACCCUCUUGUGGACUUUGGGAUCCGUGGGAAAAAGAUGGGCCAGAAACCAAAUAUCGUGAUCAUCUUGGCUGAUGAUAUGGGAUGGGGUGACCUGGGAGCAAAUUGGGCAGAGACAAAGGACACCCCCAACCUGGAUAAGAUGGCUUCGGAAGGAAUGAGGUUUGUGGACUUCCACGCAGCGGCCUCCACCUGCUCGCCCUCCCGAGCCUCCCUGCUCACCGGCCGGCUUGGCCUUCGCAAUGGAGUCACACAUAACUUUGCGGUCACAUCUGUGGGGGGCCUUCCACUCAACGAGACCACCUUAGCUGAGGUGCUGCGGCAGGCUGGCUAUGUCACCGGCAUGAUAGGUAAAUGGCAUCUUGGGCACCAUGGCUCUUAUCACCCCAACUUCCGAGGUUUUGAUUACUACUUUGGAAUUCCAUACAGCCAUGAUAUGGGGUGUACUGAUACCCCGGGCUAUAACCACCCUCCUUGUCCGCCAUGUCCACUGGACGCUGGCUCAUCCAGGAGCCUGGAGAGAGACUGUUACACAGAGGUGGCCCUUCCUCUUUAUGAAAACCUCAACAUCGUGGAGCAGCCUGUGAACCUGAGCAGCCUUGCAGAGAAGUACGCAGAGAAAGCAGCCCAGUUCAUCCAGCAGGCUAGCACCAGUGGAAGACCCUUCCUGCUCUACUUGGGCUUGGCCCACAUGCAUGUGCCCUUACCUGAGAUCCAGCCAUCGGUAAACCCAGGGAGCCAAACACCAUACCGUGCUGCACUCCGGGAGAUGGACCAUCUAGUAGGGCAGAUUAAGGACAAAGUUGACCACACAGCGAAAGAAAACACCUUCCUCUGGUUUACAGGUGACAAUGGACCAUGGGCUCAGAAGUGUGAGCUGGCAGGCAGCAUGGGUCCCUUCACCGGUCUGUGGCAAACCCAUCAAGGAGGAAGUCCAGCUAAGCAGACCACCUGGGAAGGCGGCCACCGGGUCCCAGCACUGGCUUACUGGCCUGGCAGAGUCCCAGGCAAUGUCACCAGCCCUGCUUUGUUAAGUGUGCUGGACAUUUUCCCCACGGCAGUAGCCCUGGCGGGAGCCAGCUUACCCCAACACCGACACUUCGAUGGACUGGAUGUCUCUGAAGUAUUGCUGGGCAGGUCGCAGAGGGGUCACAGGGUGCUGUUCCAUCCCAACAGCGGGGCGGCUGGGGCAUUUGGAGACCUACAGACUGUCCGCCUGGAGCAGUACAAGGCCUUCUACAUCACAGGUGGAGCCAGAGCUUGUGAUGGGAGCAUUGGGUUUGAGCAGCACCAUCCAUUUCCCCUCAUUUUCAAUCUCCAAGACGAUGCUGCAGAAGGCAGGCCCCUCCCUAGAAGGGGUGCCGCGUACCAGGCCGUGCUGCCUCAGGUCAAGAAGGCUCUGGAGGCUGUCCUUCAAGACAUUGCCAAUGACAACACCUCCAGGGCAGACUACACUCAGGACCCGUCCGUCAUGCCCUGUUGUAACCCCUACCAAAUCGCCUGUCGCUGCCAGACCUCCUAGCACGCUGUUGUGGCCCCCAGGAGGAAUGUUGAGAAGCUAGGCACAUUUUUAACCUCUCUUUAAAAAUAAAGCUCAGGGCUGGGAAGGUGGCUCAGCG